AUGUUCAAAUCAUUCGUUAAGAAGUUUGAGGAGACCACUGGCUCAUUAAAGGACACAUUGUUCAAUAAGCCAGCUGAAUCAGGUGCACCUCAAUCCAAUACAACAGCAACAACACCAACAGCAACAUCAGCGGCCACUACUACCAAUGCGACAGCGACUCCAACAUCAGUUUCCGCGACUACAACCUCACCAACAACUCCACAAGAUACGACGACGACGACAACAACCGCAACAUCACCAUUGAAUACAUUGUCCAAUAAUAUACAACCAGUAGUUGAUGCAUUCAAGGACAAUGUAGUACAGCCAAUGACAGCAGUGACAGAGUCGAUCAAGGACUCGAUUAAACGUGACUUCCCGGAGAGUUUGAAGGAAGCCGGCAAGGAUAUACCAGUGGCCAUCCAGGCAUUCUCUAGCAACGUCUCCACCGUCACUAACACAAUCAGCAACACUGUGAGCAGCACCGUCAGCAACACAAUGAGCAACACGAUCAACACAACAGUGCACCUGCCAUCGGUGGCCCAGCUCAAGGAGUCACUACAGGACGUGGACCUCUACAAUGGAUCACUACUGUUGCGCUCCUACGAGAUCAAGCUGAAGCAGGUCAGAACAAAUGGCACCAUCCUGGCUGAGCGCGCCGAUGACUGUGACAAGAAGAUCGGACCACUCGUUCGCACAUGCAUUGCCCAUGCCGAGUUCUGGAAGAAGGCACAUAUCGAGUUGGCGCACCUCGAUGAGAUGAACUCAAUGAUCGAGACAAUCGGUUUAUCAUUAGACUCAAUAGUUUCAAAGAUUGAAUCACUAGAGGUUGGUCUAUCGAUUGAGAUUGACAACUAUCUUGACAAUGAGAUGGGCAAGUGGAAGGACAAGAAGGAGUUGGAGGUCACUAGAUAUGAACAGGUGAAGAAGGCUGAGCUGCCGAGGCUCGAGGAGGAGUUGUCCACCGCCUUCAACAGACACGAGAGGGAGAAGGCCAUCUUGGAGAGACAGGCUCAGAUCGAUCAGGAGCGUUUGGCUCGCAAGCGACAGGACGAAGAGCUGCAAAAGAAGAUACAGGAGGAUGCCAAACUGCGAACAAACCUCGACAAGACCAUUCAACAGCAGUUGAACGACUACAAGACAAGUGGAAUACUCCCACCAACUGUUGUGCCACCCAAAGUUGAUGAUGGUCCAGCCAUCGUAUCGAUUGAACAAGUGGUCAUUGAUGAGAACAAAGAUGAUCUUGAGAAGUUCCUGGCUCCAACUCCACCACAAACACCUCUAAUGCCUGCUGUACAACCCGUUGUUGUUUCUACACCAGAUGCUGUUGUUGUUGAAGAGGAACAGCUGCAGCAGGAUCAACCAAAGGAUCAGGAUAUUGCAAAAAUAGACAAGAUAGAACAAGAUGUUGUGGAGAAUGAUGGAACGACACCAGCCAAUUGA